AACCGACAUAACCCUAAAUACAAUGAACAAGUCAGAAAAUAAAUAAAAGCCGAAAAUAGAGAAUAAGUAGGAUGGGAGUAACAAUUUUAAGUCAAUUUCCAAUUGAUAACAAAACAGGACCUCAAACUAUUGAGCUUUUAUCUAAACGAAUUUUAGCUUUAGGGGCUACUCAGCAAGGUCAAUUUUUAGUAGACUGUGAAACAUACACUUCUGUACAACAGUUAGGACACCCUAGGACAGUUCAUGUUCUACAUAAUUCAGAACAACCUGCUACUGUGUUUUCUUUGCUUGAAACUGGUACCAAAACAAUUCCAUUAGCCACUGAUGGAUUGUUUGAUUUACUAAUGAUGAAAAUGUCCCAUUUUUAUACUUCCAAAAAACAAACCAAGGCAGAGUCAAAGGGGCCAAGGUAUGAAAUAGGAGAUUUUUGUGUUAAAUUGGGAAGUGUAACAGUAAGCAGUAAUUUCAAAGGAAUUUUAGUGGAGGUAGAAUACAGACCUUGUGUAGUACCUGCUUUAUGUUGGGAUUUGAUUAAAGAAUUUUUACAAGGAUUUUUAGGUUUAUCAGCACCUACCAAUCCCCCAAACUAUUUACAAAAUAGAAUGCAAGAAGUUUAUUCACCAAUUGAUACUAUACAUCAAUAUUUAGAUCAUUUUACAAUAUUUAGGAAGUCUCCUGGAGUAGGUCUGAGACCUUAAAACUUUUGAUAUUAGUUUGUAGUUCUUAUUUUUAAGCCUAUGCAUACGAACAAUAUUUUAUAUUAUAAUUUAUGAUUGAUUUUUGGAAUAAUAUAAGUAUGUCACAUUAAAAAAAGUAAUAAACUUUAAAUAUAGACAUCAGAAGUGUAGUAAAACAAAGAGGGAAAUAAGAAAUUAUAGAACAAAAAUAUUGGUAUUAAAAUAGUUAUUAAUAUCAAGAUAAUGAUAUUCAUUUAUUGGUUAAAUAACAAUUAGUAAAUACCUCAAUAUACCAGCAAAUUAAAAUAUCUAAUAUUGUUCUUGUGAAAUUAGAAUUAGUAACUGUGGC